AUGGCUUCCAGCGAGCUCAAUUCCACUGAUGAUUCGAGAGCUUCAUCCUCGCAACCUGGGAAUCGUCUUCUCCGUUCGAUUUCGCUUCUGAACACAGAAAACGCAUUACAGGAGCCUUUUCAACAGAGUCCAGUUCCGGGAACCGAUGAUAAUCAUAGAGAGUUCCCUGAAGCUUUGACAAACUUGUCACUCAAAGAGCAGCAUAGCGAUGAUAACAAGAUACAGAACUUGGCUAGCCAAUCUAGUGAUCGACUCCAACAGGGCUGUGGAAAUAAUGGAAUAUUGCCUGAGGUUCUUCAAGAUGGAGAAACUAGUUCUAAUUCCAAGGCGGUUAAAGAUACAAGAAAGGCAUCUAUUAAACUGUCAUGGAGUAGCGAAGGUGAACAGAGUGAACAACACAAGCAUGACAUUGUCUCUUUUGAAAACGGGAAUAUAACAACCGCAGAGCGCAGCAGUAAACAGAUUUCUUUGGCGUGGGUGUCUGACCCAAUGACUGUGCUUAUAUUUACAAAACCAAAUUCAACUCGUGUGGAAGAUGUGUGUUUACAUAUGGUCAGAUGGUUGAAGGAGUGUAAAAAGUUGAAGAUUUAUGUGGAACCACGUGUGAAAGAUUAUCUUCUAAAAGAUUCUUCUUACUUCAACUUUGUUCAUACCUGGAAAGAUGACAGUGAAGUUACACCCCUUCAUAAAGAAGUUGAUUUCGUUAUAACUCUAGGUGGGGAUGGAACCGUCCUGUGGGCGGCAUCCAUGUUCAAAGGACCAGUUCCUCCAGUUGUCCCAUUUUCUUUAGGGUCUCUGGGCUUCAUGACCCGUUUCGACUCGUCUUCUUCGAAAAGUAAAGGGUACAAAGAACACCUUGAUGACAUUAUAAAAGGACCCAUUAAAAUAACACUGCGACAUCGUUUGGUAUGCCGUGUUAUCAGACAUAAUCCUGCUAAAAUUGAAGAUCCCAUACUUGUUCUGAACGAGGUUACAAUCGACCGUGGAGAAUCAUCGUACCUCACUUAUCUAGAUUGCUUGUGUGAUGAUUCCCCUUUCACAACUGUCCAAGGUGAUGGCUUGAUUAUAUCCACAACAUCUGGGAGUACUGCAUAUUCUUUGGCUGCUGGAGGUUCAGUGGUUCAUCCCCAGGUUCCUGGAAUACUGUUUACGCCAAUUUGUCCUCAUUCAUUAUCGUUUCGACCACUGAUAUUGCCGGAGCAUGUAAAGAUAGGCGUGGAAGUGCCUUUAAAGAGCAGAAGCCACGCGUGGGCAUCAUUCGAUGGGAAGGGCAGGAUAAAGUUGAAACUAGGGGAUGCACUUGAGAUUAGUAUGGCUCCAUAUCCUGUUCCCACAGCAUGUUUAGGUGACUCAGACUCAACUACUGACUUCUUUGACAGCAUACAUGAAGGUCUCCAAUGGAAUAUGAGGAAGAAGCAGUCCUUCGAUGGCCCUCUCGAUUCGUAAUUACUUUUCCAGUUUCAAGUUUCAUCUAUAAAAUCUUUAUAUUAUUUUUGGAAUAAUGUUGUCAAAAAAGGACUCCAGUAAUUACAAUUCU